UUUCCAUAGAUUUGCAAGUCUUUUGGUCUCGGUCUCCAUCUUUCUCGCCAUUGUGCACAUAGACAGCUUAGAGACUGAGAAAAAGCUCAAAGAAGGGCAAAAAUGGUUCAGCGGCUCACUUACCGGACAAGGCACAGCUACGCCACCAAAUCUAACCAGCACCGCGUCGUCAAGACCCCUGGUGGAAAAUUGGUUUACCAGACCACCAAAAAGAGAGCAAGUGGACCUAAAUGUCCCGUUACUGGCAAGAGAAUUCAAGGGAUUCCUCACUUGAGACCUGCUGAAUACAAGAGAUCUAGAUUGUCCAGGAACCGACGCACUGUCAAUCGUCCCUAUGGUGGUGUAUUAUCAGGGGGUGCUGUCAGGGAGAGGAUCAUCAGAGCCUUUUUGGUUGAAGAGCAAAAGAUUGUGAAGAAGGUAUUGAAGAUUCAGAAGGCAAAGGAGAAGCAAGCCUCAAGGAGCUAAACUUAAUAAAUGAUAAAGCAAGGAAUUGGGAGUUAGAAGAUAUGUUAGAGGGAAAUUUUGGGCCAUUAAUGACAAUGAGAUUUGGAAUUUGAAUUUGGAGAUUGUCUUUUCAGCUUGUUGGAUACCUGAUUGUUUGUCGUACGAUCUUUUUUUUUUCUUUGGAUUCAUUUUGACAAGAAAAUUAUUAAUUGUUAGCUGUUUUAUGUGAUAAUUUUUGCUUUUUGUUGUUUA